AUGAAUGCCGGUAUGCACAACGAAGAGACACGCCGUCCUUCAUCCGGUAGCAUGCGGCGGGAUGUUGAACGCGCCCGACGCCGCUCGAGUAUUCGCAUGAACCUCAACCUCAAUGACCCCGCCAUGCCGGCGCCGGGAGAGUUGCAGCAGAGCAGCCCGUCGACCCGUAGUAGGGGCCCAUGGCCGCAUAGUCCCCACCACGAGCGUGCCCCUAGUCUCGGAGAGCUGCAUCAAGAGCUCGAGUAUGAGCAGGAGGGCCAGGUGAACCGCCUACUCAACAUGAUACGCACCCAGCAGGCCCAAAUCAACACCCUCCAGGCCAACCAGCACCAGGCAUCAGCAUCCGCCGUGGAUGACAGUACACCUACCUCGGAGCGUUCCAUGUCGAUUCCCCCGCCACUGUCGCACUCCUCGCACGUUUCGCCGCCCAUGGUCUCGCCCCUGCCAUCUGCUGCGCAACCACGCUCCCGCUCACCCUUUGGCUUCGGCACCAUCAGUCGCCAGUCAUCUUUUGCAGACCGCUCACGACACAGCAGCCAUGCCGGCUCCCCCGCCCUGCGACCCGUGUCAGGCCAGGUACCCUACGAUCCCCACGACAUGCUUCCCAGCCCCGCAACUAGCCGCGACGAGAGCGCCUUCUACCAGGCCGAAACCCAGAACCUGACACGCGAGAACCAAAUGUUGAAGCUGAGAAUAAGAGAACUUGAGCGCCAACUAGCAGACCAAAACCCGACAUCCCAGGUCACGCACUCGCCCGUCAUCCACUCCAAUCUUGCGCCGACUCCAAGUCGCGAGGGCACAGAUCAAGGCGCUGAGAGUGGCAGUCAGCCGCCCGUGUCGACUGCCGAGUAG